AUGCAAGAUACAGAAUAUUUUGACGACUUAGCAGAAACUUUGACACCUAACUUUUACAACCACUUGUUCUCAUAUUUCAUGACAUUAGAUAUUUCUAAGUUCAAUCCAAGACAAAUUCCACAUACCGAAGAAAGACAAACAUUGUUAGAAGCAAACAAGAGUGUAUAUGAACUGUUUAUAGAUGAGACUAACUUUGAGUGUUUAGAUGAAAGGUCAUUGUACGAUUCGUAUAAACAGUAUUGUCAAGAAUAUGGUUAUAUGGCAGCUUCUAAACGAACAUUCUUGGCAAAUGUCAAAAGUCUUUUAGAUGUUCAGAACGGCGUAUAUACAAAGAAAAAUUUUUCUGAGUAA